GUGUGGAUGGGAGUUGAGUCUCUGGCUGUUGAUGUUAGACAGUCGCACAAGGCGAAGCGGCUGCUGCCCAUGUUGAUUCAGCCUCCUCCUCCUCCUCCUCCUCCUCCUCCUCCUCCUGGUCUUCAGCACUGCUCCCCGCUGGACAGCUCCUGCCUGGACACCUCUAACGCUGCAUGGUCCCUUUAAGUCUUUUAAUGGAAGUAAAAUCUAUUUAUGUUCCAAGAAAUAUUGGGAGUUUACAACUUCAUCCGCAGGAGGAAUCUACGGAUACCUCGUUUCGACAUUUGUGGCAGGCAGUGAACCCUCAGCGGCACAGAUCGCAGAAUCAUUGUUAACGUCGACUGUUGAACCGUGUGUGCACAGGCUUCUUCUCCAGACGUUCGGUCCGAAGGUUUAAAAACCGCGAAGCUGCUGUCUACGUGGACCGGUGCUGAAGCCUCCCGUUCGACUGCCAGGACCUUUGCCAAACCCAGAGACAUGGCGACGAACGGCACCAAAACGGACGGACAAGUCACGGAACUGAACGAAGUGGCCACAAAUAAAGACAUGCCCGGGUCACUGGAAGUCGCGCCCGAGAGGCAGAUGAAUGAAUUGCCCGAGAGAGAAACAUGGGGAGGGAGAUUUGAUUUUCUCCUGUCGUGUGUGGGUUAUGCAAUCGGACUGGGCAACGUAUGGAGAUUUCCCUAUCUCUGUGGAAAAAACGGUGGAGGAGCCUUCUUGAUCCCCUAUUUUUUGACUCUCAUAUUUGCUGGGAUGCCCUUGUUCCUUCUGGAAACCGCCCUUGGUCAAUACACCUCCAUUGGAGGGCUUGGUGUUUGGAAACUGGCUCCAGUGUUUAAAGGUGUGGGCCUCGCAGCAGCUGUCCUGUCCUUCUGGCUUAACAUUUACUACAUUGUAAUUAUUUCUUGGGCCAUCUACUACCUGUACAACUCCUUCACCACUGAACUUCCAUGGAGCUCAUGUAACAAUGCGUGGAACACAGAGAAAUGUUACACAAACCACUCCAUUCUAGACACCACCAAUCUCACCAGUUCAGUGUUGGAGUUUUGGGAGCGCAACAUGCACGAAAUGACCGACGGCUUGGAAAAACCAGGCCAGAUUCGAGUGCCACUGGCAAUUACACUGGCCAUCGCCUGGGUCCUUGUGUACUUCUGUAUCUGGAAAGGGGUUAGCUGGACAGGGAAGGUCGUUUACUUCUCAGCUACAUAUCCCUACUUCAUGCUGUUCAUUCUCUUCAUCCGUGGGGUGACUCUACCUGGAGCUAAAGAGGGAAUUCUGUUCUACAUUACCCCACAAUUCGAAAAACUCAAGGAAUCGGAGGUAUGGCUGGAUGCAGCCACCCAGAUCUUUUUUUCCUAUGGAUUGGGAUUGGGGUCACUUAUAGCUCUGGGCAGCUAUAACCCUUUCAAAAACAAUGUGUACAGAGACUCCAUCAUCGUGUGCUGCAUCAACUCGUGUACCAGCAUGUUUGCUGGCUUUGUAAUCUUCUCCAUUGUCGGCUUCAUGUCACACGUGACAAAGAGACCCAUUGCCGACGUAGCAGCUUCAGGUCCCGGCUUGGCCUUCCUGGCCUACCCGCAGGCUGUGACCGAGUUGCCUGUGUCUCCUCUCUGGGCCAUUCUGUUCUUCUCCAUGCUGCUCAUGCUGGGGAUAGACAGCCAGUUCUGCACCGUGGAAGGCUUCAUCACCGCCCUUGUGGACGAGUUCCCGAGAGCUCUCAGGGGCAGACGAGAGAUCUUCAUCGCGGUUGUCUGUCUGGUGUCCUAUUUGAUUGGCCUUUCAAACAUCACACAGGGUGGGAUCUACGUGUUCAAGCUGUUUGACUACUACUCUGCCAGUGGAAUGUGUCUGCUGUUCCUGGUCUUCUUUGAAUGCAUCUCCAUAUCCUGGUUCUACGGUGUGAACAAGUUCUACGACAACAUCGAGGAGAUGAUUGGCUACAGGCCCUGCAUAUGGUGGAAGAUGUGUUGGGUCGUGUUCACCCCUCUCAUCGUCGGCGGGGUGUUCUUGUUCAGCGCCAUACAAAUGGUUCCUCUAAAAAUGGGAGAAUACGUGUUCCCGGCUUGGGGGCAGGGAGUGGGCUGGCUCAUGGCGUUGUCCUCCAUGAUUCUCAUACCAGGAUACAUGGUCUACAUGUACCUCGGACUCAAGGGCACGUACAAGGAGCGACUGCGGAUAAUGCUCAAGCCCCCCGCGGUGGUCAGGCGACCUCAGGAGAACGGACCGGAGCAGCAGGCGGAUACCAACGCGGCAGACCUAUCCAGCCCCGUUAAUCCCGCUAGCCCCACCGGCCCGGCUCCCGCCAACCCCGCCAGCCCCGCCAACCCAACCCCCGUCACCGCCGCCAGCCCCGUGACUCCCACCAACCUGGCUCCUCUGCCGGCUAACCCGGCCGCCGCCGCCCCCGCAGCCGCCCCCGCAGCCGCCCCCGCAGCCGCCGUUAGCCCGGUGAACCCGGCGACUAGUCCCACAACCAACAUAACCAUCACCACCACCACCACCACCACCAAGGCUAACCCCAUCGCUACAACUGUUAGCCCGACCGGCCCACCGCCCAACCCAGCCGGCCCGACGGAGCCCGCAAAGCCAACCAGCCCGACCUCUAAUCUGACCAACGCCGAGGCCAACGUGUAGACAACCAAGAAACCCUCAUGGAGCGCAUAGACAAAAGAGAACAUUACAAAGCACUUCCAAGAUUUUAAUUGAUUCACCUACCUCCAGGGGCAAUAUGUGAUCAAAACCCAUUUUCGAACCGUGUUUCAUUUUUCCGCAUUUGUGAGACCAAGCCAAUGAUGUCUUAUUGUUGGUUUGCAUUCUGAAAACAAUAUCAAAGACUGUUAGUGUUCACAAAUACAAAACCGUAAAUCUGAAUUAAAAAAACAAAACAAGUGUAAACAUGCUCUGUAAUACUGUGAGAAAAGAAGAAAAAUACAUAGAGAUAUAGAUUAGAGAUUUGUUGGAUAUCUUCAUGAUUCAAGUAAAUACCGUGUGAAUAUAGUAGUUGAAGUAGUGAACAAAAUUGACAUAAUUGAAGAGUGCGAGGGAUGCCGUCAAUUUUAUUGUGGAUGUUUACUAAACCUCAUGCAGUUGUCUCUUUUCCAAACGUUGCACUCUGUGAGGUAAACAGAAACCCGAGUAAGCACAAUGCCAACAAGAAGUUCAUGUUUAGCAGCUCUGUUGCAAAAGAUUUUGUGUGUGAGAGAGACUGUUAUUUUUCCUUCCUUUUUUUCAGUAAAAAAAAGGGAAAACUUUUAUGUGAUCGAAAACAUUUUUAGAAUUAUUUUUAGGAUGUUUUAUACUAUACGUGUUGUGAUGGAGGACCAAAAUCUAUAGGCAGACAAAAGCAAAAACUAUGCCAUUUAGUGUUCGGUUGGCAAAGCACAGGGUACAAAGACGUACAGAAGAGUUAAAAAAAUAAAUAAUUAAUAAUAAAAAAAGACAAAAGAAUUGCAGGGUUAGAAAAGUGAUUUACAAACAUGGACUAUCCCUAAAGGCUGACAGUCAAUCCUGUUUACGUUUUGCAUGCUUUCCUCAGGAACAUCAGUGAAAAGUUUCUGAAAUGUCUUCUGACAUAAAAAAAAAAAAAUAGAAGAAGAAGAACAGGAAGAGGAACAGAGACGGCCUUAAGCCAACAAACCAAUUCCAACUGAGCCAUCGUCUGUUUACAUGACUGGGCACAAGUAAUAAAUACAACUUUGUAUGCUAGCACAAAAACCUGGACCAACUCUGUGUUUAAGUACAGUCGUUAUUCUUUUAUUCACAUGUGACGAUCAAUUGUAGUUUGGUCAGUAUGUAUUCAGCAAUACAUAUGUAGGUGUAUAAGUGCAGGCCGGUAAGCAAGUGGUCUGUUCCUCUUUUUUGUUUGUGUUGUCUUUGGUUUACUAGUGAAUAGCACAAAGCUUUAAUUUACCCCUCCCCCCCCCAGACUUUUCGCCAUGGCGUGUUGGGACAAUGUUAGUUUGCUUCUUCGGCAGCUACCGUGAAAGACAUCCGGUUGAACGGAACAUUGAAAAAACAACUCAGCGGAAGUGUGAAAUGGCUACAGUUCAUGUCCUGUGAAUUUUGUAUAAAGUUACUCUACCACAGUUUUCUCUGGAACUUUGUUGUAAAACUGUACUGUGUGAAACAUGUUACUGUGAAUGUCUGUAAUACAUUGGAAGUUAUUGUCUAAAUGUUGAAAAAAUGGAGUUGCUGUUUUCUGCAAUAAUAUUUUGAUCACAGAAGCUAAAGCACAUAUCUUACAGAAAUAUACGAAAUGAUGAUGACAAUGAAGAUACUGACGAUUAUAUCAAAAAUAGAAACUAUGUCUAGUAAAACAAUAUUGUUUUGUAUAUUUUUAACUGUCUCACUGCCUACUGUAAAACAUAAUAUAAACAUGAUAUGUAUCUAAAUGGUGUCACAUGAUAAAGCACGAUUGUUAUGUUAUACAAACAGAAAAAGACUGAAAAAAUAAAGAAUUAUAGAAAAUAUAAA